AUGAAGUUUAUCUCAAUCACCAUCGCCAUCAUGGCAGCCCUUACUGCCAAUGUGGCGGCUAGGCGUGUUGGGCAGAAGUGGUGCGGCCAUCCCGGUCAAGGCUGCUACAUGAUGAAGCGCACCGCCGAUAUCACCGGUGAGGUCAAGCGUUCGGCCGAUGCGCUGGCUGAGGCUAUGGCCGAGGCUCACCCUGAGGCCCUUCAGAAGUGGUGCGUUCACCCCGGUCAGGGGUGCACUAAAAUCAAGCGCACUGCUGAGGCCGUGGAGGAUGUCCAGCGCUCUGCUGAUGCUCUCGCCGAAGCCAUGGCUGCCAUGGAUGAAGAAGAAUAA